GUGUGACAUCAGCAAGCAGCAUAAUCACUCCCUCCAUUGCUCUCCAUCUCUCUCUCAGUCUGCCUCUCUCGCUAGCUUUGUGUUUUUCUCCUUUGCCUUUCUAACUCAGCAUCCACCUCUCGUUGAUGGCGUGUGUCAGUGCUGUUGGGGCGACUGGGGCCUAACGCGCUGGGCCCUUCCCCCGGUUCUCUACACCUUCCCUGGGCCUCUUGUCUCUGCCUCUUUCGUCGGCCCGACAGCCUGCCUGGCUACCUCCCCCACCCCCCGUGUGCUGGUGUCUGGGCUCAAGGGGUGGAGGAGGAGGGAGCAACGACGUUCCGCUUCACUUGGGAGCCGUUCGGCAAUUAAGAAUGCCCUAGACCCGGCAUCAUUUAGCCACUUGGAAUAUCUCGGCUUCCUCCAUCCGCCUGUCUGUCUCUCUAUCCAUCUGUUGGUCUCCCUCCAUCCGUGGAGGGGGACAGAGGAAUGAAAAUCUGCAAUCAUGAUGGAAGGACUGAAAAAACGUACCAGAAAGGCCUUUGGGUUACGAAAGAAAGAGAAGGAUACAGAUUUCACGGGCUCACCUGACAAAGAUGGAGUAAGUGCGAGAAAGAAAAAGACCAACGGGGCUCCAAAUGGCUAUUAUGGGGAGAUUGAUUGGGAUCGAUAUGCAACUCCAGAUGUGGAUGCUGAGGGCUUCAGUCUCAGACCCGGAGAAGAAGGGGAAACAGCUCCCAAAGGCAAGCAGCACUUCUUGUCCUCCAGCGACUCGGAGGACGAGGACGACAAGAGGAAGUUCAAGAUCAAGAUCAAGCCGUUGCCUUCCGACACUGCCAAGUGUGCCGUCCCAUCUAUGGACGAACUGAAAGCUUCAGUUGGGGGCUUGGCUCUAUCUCCCUCUUUGAGGAGAAGUCCGAGACGCAGCCCGGGCUCGAUAAAGAGACACCUGUCUUGUGAGGAGAUUGCCAGACCCAGACGCUCCACCCCUACGCCAAGCCCCGCCCCCGAGACACAAAGUGAGAGAGUAUCCCAGAGUCGCAGAGCAUCCCCAGCUUUCUACGGGCUUCCUCCGGAGACGACCUCUGAGGCACACAGAUAUGAUAGUAACAGAAAUGAUGGUGAAGAGAUUGCCAGACCCAUAUGCUCCACCCUUACGCCAAGCCCCGCCCUCGGGACACAAAGUGAGAGAGUAUCCCAGAGUCGCAGAGCAUCCCCAGCUUUCUACGGGCUUCCUCCGGAGACGACCUAUGAGACACACAGAUAUGAUAGUAACAGAAAUGAUGUGGUCUGCAUAGAGGCCGAUGCAUGGUGUGACUCCAGACCAUACCCUGACUCCCCUCUGACCAGAUCCUUUCCCACAGGAGCUCCUCCUCCACUGCCUCCCAAGAACAUCCCAGCAGCUAGUCAAGGCUAUUCUUUGACGGAUUCUUACGCUGAUUUACCCAAUGGGAGAAUAGUCCCUAGCCCCAACCCUAUCUACCUGAAUGUCCAAUCCCCAGCCUCGUACAGAGGUUCCCCUGUGCCUGACCUGGAAAACGUGUUCGGUCCCAUGGAAUCUUCCCAGACCAGUGAGGACAGGGCCUCGCCCCGAUGGAUCAGCUUCAACAGCGAGAGACCGCCCCCACCAGAUGAACCGGCCCCGCCUCCGCCCUCUGCCUCUCCUCCUUCCGACUCGCCCCACUCCCUCUCCUCCACCCCAGACUCCCCCUGCCUCUCCCCGGGCCCCCCUCCGGAUGAGCCUCCCCCCUCCCCACCGCCCUUCUCCUCUCCCCCCGACUCUCCCAUCUCCAUUAUCUCUAUUCCUCCUCCAGAUGAACCCGUUCCUCCCCUGCCUCCCGACUUCUCUCCCGUGGACUCUCCGCCAUGCAUCGGCAUCGAUCCUAGUCUGUUUUUGGAUGAUGAGAUACUGGGGUACUCCCCUGCUCCCUCUGGCUCACUGGAGUACUCCCCUGCCCCUACCAGUCCCAUCCCUCCCCCCCUGCCUGUGGAGCGCUACCCUCGGACGGGUGUCCCUUCCCCUCUGGCGUUCCUGAGGGAAGAGCAGCCUGACUAUAUGGCCUCACCCCUUGGCCUGACCCCGGGCUUCAGGGGCACGCCGCCCCCACUCCCCCCGCUCACCUACAGGUCCAUGGUAUCCUCCCCUGGACCCUGCCCAGGCAGCGGCCCCUCCUCUCCAGCUCGUCCUUCCACGCCCCUGUCAGGAGGCAGUCCAAUCCCUCCCCCUCUUCCUACAAGGCCCUCCUCUCGACCCAAACUGCCCCCUGGGAAACCAAUAGGAGACCUGACUCGACCCUUCAGCCCCCCAGUCUCCGGCAGCCCCCCUCCCUUCGCCCCCCUGGCCCGGGCUGAGAGUUCCUCCUCAAUCUCCUCCAUCACCUCAUUGAGCGCAGGCUCCACCCCCACCCUGGGGAGAGAACUCAACAUAUCCACCACAGAGGAAAAACAGCCAGCCAUGGUAUGGUUUGACCAUGGCCGGUUUUAUUUGUCUUUCGAAGGAUGCUCCAGAGGACCCAGCCCACUCACCAUGGGAGCCCAGGACACUCUGCCUGUGGCGGCUGCCUUCACCGAGACCAUCAACGCCUACUUCAAAGGAGCCGACCCCAGCAACCGGCAAAGCGACCCUCAUCAGAAUAAAUGCAACAAGUGUGUGGUAAAGAUCACUGGGGAGAUGGUGCUGUCUUUCCCUGCGGGCAUCACCAGGCACUUUGCUAGCCACCCGUCUGCCCCCGUGCUCACCUUCAGCAUCAGCAACUACAGCCGGCUUGAGCAGGUCCUCCCCAAUCCACAGCUACUGUGCUGUGACACCACCAUGUCCAAUGUGGACACCAAGGAAUUCUGGGUAAAUAUGCCAAACCUGAUGAGCCACCUGAGGAGAGUGGCUGACCAGAAGCCUCAAGCAACCUACUACAAUGUGGACAUGAUCAAAUAUCAGUCUCUGUCUCAGGUGGCAGCCGAUGGGAUCCAGUCGACUCCCCUGAACCUGGCAGUGAGUUGGCGUGGCGACGCCACCAGCACGGAUCUCAGGAUAGACUACAAAUACAACAUGGAAGCCAUGGCCGCCCCCUCACCCCUCCACAACAUCCACUUCCUGGUCCCUGUGGACGGGGGCGUGCACAAGCUUCAAGCCAUGAUCCCCACUGCUACCUGGAAACCAGAGCAGCAGAAAAUUCUAUGGAAGAUACCAAGCCUUUCCCAGAGGUCUGAAAAUGGAGGAGUGGGGGCUCUACUGGGUAGGUUCCAGUUGACAGAGGGUCCCAGUAAGCCGUCCCAGUUGGCGGUGCAUUUCACCAGCGAGGGCAGCACUCUGUCAGGCUGUGACAUCCAGCUGGUGGGGACUGGCUACAGGCUCUCGCUGGUCAAAAAGAGAUUUGCAGCAGGGAAAUAUCUGGCGGACAACUAGUCACCACUGUUGUAAAAUGACACCAUUUCACCCAUACAAUGGCUUUUGAUUGUGAGGAUGAUGAGAGUCUACUACGGAUUCCUCAUUCAAGCUACCAACUGAAAAAACAACUGAAACCUUACACUUGAGCAGGGAAGGGUGGACGCUGGGAUAGAAGCAACAACAGGAUGUGAUGUAAUUCACAAAGUUGACUGGAGUAUCACUUUGUUUUAACACGCUCAAUACAGUAGUCUCACUGUUGGGGUUUAUGCAAGUAGUACAGCCCUUUUCCGUUCUGUACACCUUGAGGGUUGUCGAGGCAAAGAUAAUGAAUUCAACACUUACUUUCAUCAAAGUAAUUCAUCAUUGGCACCGCAUACAGUAAUCAAGUUUUAUUUGUGAGAAGAAACAUGUGAAUGGGUGAUGGUGGAAGAUUCACUGGACAGAUUUAUGUGAAAAGAUAGAUACUGUUAACAUUCAUUGAUAAUUCAAUAGAUUAUGAAAAUAACUCCAUUCGCUAUGAUGACAUUUAGAUUUGUAUUAUUUUAUGCUUUUUCUUUUUUCAUUUCUCGGGUUGGUUAAAACUAAUAUUAUACCAGCUGGUACUGUACCAGCAGGUUGAGGUCCACAACUUGGAGUCAACGUGGAAACAACAUUAUGUAUGUGGUGGUUGUGUGUUUGCUGGGAGGUCAAGUGGUUAAUGUAACGGUACACAUUGUUUACCUGAUUUGUGGAUGACAAAAACAAAGCAGGCUGCCUUACAGGCUGGAUAGUAGAGUUGCCUUGGACCAGAGAAAUGACUGAUCUGUUUGUCUCUUAGAGUUGUGUGCAUCUCCAGGAGGCCUAACCAAGCAAAACUGGUUGAAAUGACAUCAUUACAAUGAGAAACUGUUUGAAAUUACGCCGAAACUGGUUGAAAUUCAUUCUUUAUGGUGUCAAUUCAACCAGUUUGAACCAGUUUGGCCUCACUGGGAAGUAUAACCGAAGGACAUCAACGAAGAUGGAAAAAGUGCUACAAUAAUUAUUUAUCCAAAAUAGAAUACUAAUGUACGUAUAUGUAAUGGAAGCCCCUAAUGUUAUGUUUCUUUUGUUGUUAUUUUCCACCGUGUGGAGUAAAUAGGUGUUUUAUCAUUUUCCAAUAGCAAUAUAUUGAAAAUCAAUUUGUAAAAAAGUGUAAAUAUGAAAGAUGUUUCCCUUUGGACAUAUGGAUGUUUCUGUGUAUUGUCAAAUAAGAGUUAUGCUAUACGGUGGUGUUAGCCUUCAGAAUACAUAACCAUUUAAAAAAUGCAUCAUUUCAAGUUUCAUUUCGAAUAUGGAUUUCUUGUAAUAUACUGUGACUGUCCAUGGUUUAAAAAAAACGAACAAAAAAACUCCAAAGGUACAGCAUGAAAUCUGCGUUACUCAAAAAGUUGUUUUUGGUUCCAUUUUAUUUCAAGACAUUAAGGACGCACAGCAGCACACAAUAUGGAGUCGCCUCCUUAUCCGAUGCUAUUCCAACCUAGCCUGGUUAAACUAAACAGUAGUGAACGUAGCAUUCAGUCUCGUUUAACCAGGCUAAUUCAGACCUACGCCUUUUUAUAUAGUAAGUGUACUAUGUGAUUGCCUUCACUGUAACUUUUAGUCACUUCAUCGUGUUUGACCGUUCACCUAAAGCUUUGACCUUUGGCAUGAAUUCCAACAACACUGUCGCACUUCCAUGAUAUAUUGCAGUUAAUGUCCUCUUGUGUUUUCUCCUGAUUACAGUACAUGGGAUUUGAAAGUUGAACAACAGGGGGAACAGUCAUUGAUCAUAUCAAUCAAAAUCAUUGUGGUUUAUUACAAGAAUUCAGGGAGAACAUCUCCCGAGCAGAAGCCAAGAGACAUUUCUAAUUCCCCUUCUCCAAGCAGACCCUUAAAUUCGAAUCUGGUAGCACCGAUGUUCUCUAAACAACAGCCAGAGGCUUCUACAAAGUCACGACAAAGGACAGUGACUUUUGCCAGCUGCUACAAAAUCACACAAUGUUCAUCAUUUCAUCAAUAUAAUAUCUGUGUCUCCUCGGCUCCCUGUACCUCCAGUCUGACGUCAAUCAUUAUCAACAAUAUGACUUUCAUACAUAACAUACAGCAUCCGGUCUAGUGACCAUCAACCUGUGAUACAAAUGAGUGUCACAAAUAGAAUACUUGAAAUCAUGUGUAUUACAUAAAAAGGCAACAUAUAAAUAUGCUAAGAAUUGUGUUAAUUACUCUUAACUGAAUAUUAACUUUAUUACACCAACAACAAAUUAUUUUGCAUAACUAUAAUUGUUAUGCUCCUGCCCAUCUCGAGGAGAAAAUGUUUAGUGUAUUAUUUUAUGCAUUUUGACAUCAUUAUAAUAUUAAUAGCCUUACAUUACCUCAGAUGUUACUACUCAUUUCCAAAUCAAUAUAUUCAAAAGAAGUCACAAACAAUGACAAACAUCGCUUUUUGUCCUUGAUAUUAUCACUAACUAUGGUAAUAUGACUUUUUUGUCCUGGUUGCAAACUUUUAUUUCUUUGUGUGAGCCUUACUGGCCCUUAAAAAAUAACGCACAAAUAUCAAACUUCUCUCCAGAUAUGUAGCAGUAGCAAUUUAUAAAGGUUUCAAUAAUGCUUACAUGUUUUAUUAUUUGCCUUAUUUUGGAUUAGCAUAUGUCCAGCCAGUAAGAGACUUUCUGUAUGUUUUUGUUCUAUGAAAUAGAUUUUUUUCUGUCUGUAUUUUAUUCACUGCAUAGGACACAUUUCAUGUAAACAUUUCAUGUAAAUUUCCCAUCCAAAGAUUUUAAGAGUGAAAAUAUUUAAAAAGUGAAUAUAAUGUGAUAACUUUACCUGGUUUACUCGGUAAUAAAGAAUGGGAGAAUAUUGGAAA